AGUAUUAAAACGCAAACCUGGGGAGGCGAAGUUGAACAUAAAGCCGCUUUCUUGUAGUUUGAGGUAAAAAAAAAAAAUAUUGAAGCUUCCGCGAGGAAAUUAAUAAGAAGAGAGGAGAAAGAAAGAAAAGAGAAGAAGAAGGUGGAGAAGAAGAAGAGGAAAUCCCGGCGUUUAAUAUUUAAAGUCCGCUGGAGCUGGAGCUGGAGGAGAAAGUCUGUUUUUUAAAGGAUGCGUCUUCGUGCUCCUGCUGUGUGAAGAACGACAGCAGUGAAGAAGAGAUGGACGAAGAACAUGCAGUAAGGAGGGAGGAAGAGGAGGCGAGGAUAGAUGAACUGGAAGAGAAAGAGAGAGGAGAGAAGGACAGAACACUAAGCAUUCAGUCCAAGAGGAGAGAAGAAGAAGAAGAGGAGGAGGAGGAGGAGGAGACGGAAAUGAUGAAGGCAGGCGCCAAAGACAAAGCACGAAGGCAGCUGAUUGGUGGACACACUCCAAUCUCCGCCUCCUCCUCCUUCACCUCCUCUCCUUUCCUUUCUUCCUGCCGAAGAGGCAGAGGAGGCGAGGAUGACGGAGAGGAAGACGAGGUCAGAGUCGCCAUAGUAACCAUCGAGGACGAGUCCUGUCCGUCUGAGCCUUUCGGCACCGCCCACCUGGAAAUGGCCAAUCAGGUCACACGGCCAGAGGACGACGAAAAGGAGGAAGAGGGAGGAGGGACUGAAGGAGUGCAGGAGGAGAAGGAAGAGGAGGAUGAGGAGGAUGCAAACAGUGAUGAAAGAGAGGAGGAAGAGGAGGAGAUCGCAGAGAUGACGUCACCACCGCUUCACCUGUGCCAGAUGAAGAGGAAGUUGGAUCAUGGUCCAGACGGCCGGCCGUUCCAUUCAGGGAAGAAGCACUGCAAAGGCAACGGGUACCUCAGCCCCUCCAGUCUGGUUCAGGCCACGCCCACCACAUUCGGCGACCUGCGGCUGGCCAAUGGGCACUCGGCUCAGCGGCGGCGCGUCACCUCAGGCCCGCCCCCCUCUGGCCUGCAGGACUGGCUUCAUACCUUCCAGAUGUGGAGCGGUCCCGAGAGGCUAUUGGCUCUGGACGAGCUGAUCGACAGGUGUGAGACCAGCCAGGUGAAGCACAUGAUGCAGGUCAUCGAGCCCCAGUUCCAGAGAGACUUCAUAUCCCUGCUGCCCAAAGAGUUAGCGCUCUACGUGUUGACCUUCCUGGCUCCCAGAGACCUCCUGCAGGCUGCUCAGACCUGCAGGUACUGGAGGACCCUGGCUGAAGACAACCUGCUGUGGAGGGAGAAGUGCCGCGAGGAAGGUAUAUCCGAGUGUGCGUUGUCUCGUCGCAGGAAGUGUGUGCAGCAAGGCGUGGCGGUCGGUCCGUGGAAAUCCGCCUACAUUCGACAACACCGUAUAGAGAACAACUGGAGGAAAGGGGACACAGGAGAACCCCUGGUGUUGAAAGGUCACGAUGAUCACGUGAUCACGUGUCUCCAGUUCAGCGGCGACCUGAUCGUCAGCGGCUCCGAUGACAACACGCUCAAAGUGUGGUCGGCCAUCACUGGCAAGUGUCUGCGGACGUUGACGGGUCACACCGGCGGCGUGUGGUGCAGUCAGAUGGCGGCCGCCACGGUGAUCAGCGGCUCCACUGACCGGACGCUGCGGGUGUGGGACGCCGAGAGCGGCGAGUGUGUCCGCACGCUGUACGGACACACGUCCACUGUGCGCUGCAUGCAUCUCCAUGGCAACCGGGUGGUGUCGGGCUCUCGGGACACGACGCUGCGCGUGUGGGACGUGUCGACGGGACGCUGCGAGCACGUGCUGACGGGCCACGUGGCGGCGGUGCGCUGCGUUCAGUACGACGGCCGGCGCGUGGUGUCGGGCGGCUACGACUACAUGGUGAAGGUGUGGGACCCCGAGACGGAGGCGUGUCUGCACACGCUGCAGGGACACACCAACAGAGUGUAUUCGCUGCAGUUCGAUGGUGCGUUCGUGGUGAGCGGCUCGUUGGACACGUCAAUCAGAGUCUGGGACGCAGAGACAGGUGGGUGUGUCCACACGCUGACGGGCCACCAAUCGCUGACAAGCGGCAUGGAGCUGCGCGACAACAUCCUGGUGUCCGGGAACGCCGACUCGACGGUGCGAGUGUGGGACGUCCGGACGGGACAGUGUCUCCACACGCUGCAAGGUCCCAACAAGCACCAGUCGGCGGUGACGUGCCUGCAGUUCUGCAGAGGUCUGGUUCUGUCCAGCUCCGACGACGGGACCGUCAAGCUGUGGGACCUGAGGACCGGAGCCUGGCUGCGAGACGUGGUGGCGCUGCAGAGCCGGGGAUCAGGAGGUGUUGUGUGGCGAAUCAGAGCGUCCGACACUCGGCUGGUGUGCGCCGCCGGCAGCAGGAACGGGACGGAGGAAACCAAACUGCUGGUGCUGGACUUUGACCUGGACGACAGGAAGAAAGAGACGGAGUGAUGUCAUCAAACGGAGACAGGAACGGUGAUGCCUUGACGAUUUUGGAGUUUAUUUUUUAAAGUAAAAGACUCUUUUUGACCAAAGUCAUGGCUGGAUCUCCACCAGUCCGACAGGCAGGUAUGAAUGUUACGGCGCGUCCUGAUUGGCUGGACGGACAGAAGGACACAAGAACCAUGCGGAUGAUUCACGUAACGGCCAAAACGCUGAAGAAAAACGUUCAAGGUUGACAUGGACGACACCAAACUGACGCAACAAUCAAGUCGCACCCAGAGGACCACCACAGAAUCAGCCUGGCGGUCGCUAUGGCAACAAAUGAAUGUUUUUGACGCUUUGACGGACAGAAAGGUGGAUGUAAAUGGUUUCUACGACAACAGAUGAAUGUUUGAUGAACGCAGAUGGAUCUAUGUUGCUCAGACAUCAUUCGGAGACGUUUGAGAGGAAACGAUGGAUUUUGGGGAUUAUUAUGUGUGACUGAUGCGCAGAUUCCAGCCAAUGGGGGUCGAGGGCAUUGACUUUUCUUGCUGCUGAACCAAUGAGGAGGUCAGACGGCGCUGUUUAAACAAACCAAUCCAAAUGUACCAAAUCUUGAAUGCUGGAGGCGACGCAGACGGACAACGAUGCUAAAAACGAAUGUGAAGUCCAGUUAGCAGAGUCUCGUGUUCAGUCAGUGUUGUUUUCGUGCCACAAGUCGUUUCCUUUCUUCUUUUUUUGAGCUUUUUUCUGUUUUUCGUUCCGCAGCGGUUGGCCAGGUUGCUCGUCUCCGUUGCCUCUCGCCUUUCAGUUAUCUCAACUGGUGAAACCAGGAAAGCUGCUGGUGGAUCUAUGGGAGCAGAAACCAGAAACCACAACCGGAGCCUUUUAUCUGCAAAAGUCAAAACAAAGCCUCACUUUCAUUCAAGCUUUACAGCCUCGCAGCUGCCUUUUCCAAAGCGAAAAGCAUUAUUUUAAAGGCUGAGGAGGAUUAUUUUUAUUGCUCCAAGCUGCUAUAAAUCUUUACAAGUUCAGCGCACACUAAAUCACUCACAGACGCGCAUGCUUCAGGGAUUUGUGGCGCAAUUUUAAUGCAAAUCAGUAUUCCUGCUAAAAGCGAAAUAAAAUGCAGAAAACAUGACGGAGAAUAGUGGAGGCACAGACCGCCCCUCAGCUCCACCACAGAGGACAUGUUCACAAUCCACAGCGGGAAAAGCAGAGGUGUCGAUAUUAAAACUAAACACCAUCACGUCCAGGGUCCUGGUGUUGUUCCUGCUGGUUCACUCUCACACUCUCAUGGUUUACUGGGACACUAAAAUAUGAAUGUUAUAAGUCACACCUGUGUUUUUCCACCUGUGAAUAGUGAAAAGAAGAUCUGUAGCUUCACUGAAAACCAAAUCACUCAACUAGUUUCAAUCAGGGAUUAAUAGCAGGAGUUAAUCCUGCUGAAUGUAAAAUAAUGGUCAUUUUCUAUAGAGCCGCUUUUCAGAUUUCACUUUUUAUUCCUACAAGUGAAAGUCAGAAAAAUCAAAUCUGUGAGAAAAUGAACCAAAUCUGCUCUUAAAUCUGCUUUUAAAGGGCUUUUACUCACUUUAUUCAGUGAUUUCUGUUUUGCUUUCGCUCAUAAUUUGAGUGUAGACGCCGUCAAAACUCAGCUCAGACACUGAAUUCUUUUAAUAUUGAAACCUAAAUAACACUGAAUUUAAGCAGUUUGUGGUUUUGACAUUUCAAAAAGGGUAAUUUCAAGUUUUGCAAUUUCAAAAAUCUUUUUUUUUGUCUGGUUAUAUUUCCCAAUAUAAAAGAUAUAGAAUUCAAAUUCUUUUUAUUAUUUUGGCCUUUCUGUGCUUCCAUAGAAGACUUUUGAUUUAUCUUCUUUAACCCAAAUCUCUAAAGCGUCACUCCUCAUGUUUUCCUCAGCUCAUCAAAUAUUUAAAAAAAAGAUUAAUAAUUUAAAACAACUCCCUUUACCAGAUAUUAAUCCAAUAAGCUGUCGUUGCCAGGCAACACCUCCAGCCAAUAAGCAGACGUUUGGGUGAUAUUUCCCCCGGCAACAAGUGGUAUUUCAGUCUUGUUCCUGGAUAAGUUGACCUUUGCAGGUGUGAGGCUCUGGAGAGGCGACGCUGUCCUGUUCAUGUUGUCAUGUAAAAUACUGUAAAUACAAAGAGGAUGUACAUAUUCAGCUUUUUAUAAGACGAAAACAGAGGAAAUAUUGUUCAUGGUGGAAAGAGAACAGGAUGGAGGGAUGAAUGUGGAUCAAUAAAGAUGAGUUUUA